AUGUGGGCCAUUACGGAAUUGAACUUCGACUUACCCACCGCCGGUAGUCAUAGGAAUUUACAAUUGAUCGAGUUAGACGAACUUAGGAAUGAUGCCUACGAAAACGCUAAAAUUUACAAAGAGAGAACCAAGGCCUUCCAUGAUAAAACCAUUUUGAGAAAAUCCUUUUCUCCCGGCCAAAAAGUUCUUCUCUACAAUUCUAGGCUUCAUUUGUUUCCCGGUAAGUUGCGUUCUAGAUGGGAUGGUCCUUACGUUGUUCAAGUUGUUUUCCCUCAUGGUGCUGUUGAAAUUCAGGAUCCUAAAAAUGGUAAUGUUUUUAAAGUUAAUGGUCAACGUCUUAAACCAUUUUUAGAAUUGCCUGUUGAUUCGGAGGAAGAGGUCAUCCACCUCAUCGACCCUUGA